AGUUAAGCCAGCUUUUUAAAAGAGGUCUGAUAAUUUUCCUAAAUUCACCAAAGCGAGGUCAGAUGACUUCCUGGGAUGAAUGCCAACUUCCUCUUCUUGCUGCUCCAGCCACUACUGGUCAGUAAGAGGUUUACUUCUUCGAACUUCCCCUCCUGCGGCAGGGGACAAGUAGUAGAAAAACGAAACUCCAGGAAGCUAAGGUUGGCACUUUCGCUUCCUCUUAGCCCUCUCCCCCAGCUGCUUUGAAUUCAGUAGCUGCCUUGGGGCACUCACAGGAGGGAAGGGCCCAGAGCCGCAGGACUCUGCUCUCUCAGGUGUUUUACAGAGGCAGGCAGGCAGGCAUGCUUUCCCACGACCACUGCUGCUCACAGAAAAUGCCAGGAUGACGCCUCCGUGGCGCCUGGCUGGGACUCUGAUCCCAGCCAUGGCUUUCCUCGCCUGCGUGAGACCUGAAGGCUGGGAGCCCUGCGUGGAGGUGGUUCCCAACAUUACAUAUGAGUGCAUGGAGCGGAAUCUCUACAAAAUCCCCAGCAGCAUCCCCUCCUCAGCCAAGAACCUGGACCUGAGCUUUAAUCCCCUGAUGUUCUUAGCCAGCCAUAGCUUCUCCCGUUUUCCAGAACUACAGGUGCUGGAUUUAUCCAGGUGUGAAAUUCAAACAAUUGAAGAUGAUGCAUACUGGGGCUUGAACUACCUCUCUACCUUGAUAUUGACGGGAAACCCAAUCCAGAAUUUAGCACCAGGGGCUUUUUCUGAACUAUUCCGUUUACAGAAGCUGGUGGCUGUGGAGAUAAAUCUUUCUUCUCUAGAGGACUUCCCAAUUGGACAUCUCAGAACCUUGAAGGAGCUUAAUGUGGCUCACAAUUUCAUCCAUUCCUUCAAGUUACCUGAAUAUUUUUCUAACCUGACCAACUUGGAGUACUUGGACCUUUCCAAUAACAAGAUUCAAAAUAUACAUUGUGACGACCUAUAUGUUCUACAUGACAAAUCCAAUCUCUCUUUAGACCUGUCUUUAAACCCAAUUGCUUUUAUUCAACCUGGUGCUUUUAACAAAGUGAAGCUUGGAGGAUUGACUUUGAGAAGUAAUUUUAAUAGCACACAUGUAAUGAAACAAUGUAUUCAAGGUCUGGCUGGUUUAGAAGUCCAGCAGCUGGUUCUAGGAGAAUUUAAAAAUGAAAGGUGUGUGGAAGAGUUUGACAAGUCUGCUCUGGAAGGACUGUGCAACUUGACCAUUGCAGAAUUCAGGUUGGCAUUUUUAGAUGACUUUCCAGAAGAUACUAAUGGUUUCUUUAAAUGUUUGGUAAAUGUUUCUGCAGUGUCUCUGGCAAAUUUGUAUUUAAAUAGCCUAGAAGGCCUUCCUAGAGACAUAAAGUGGCAAUCUUUAAAGUUGGUAAAGAGUAAAGUUAACCAAUUUCCCACCUUGGCUCUCCCAUCUCUCAAAAGGUAUAUUUUCACUACCAACAGAGGUGCGACUAGUUUUGCAGAGUUUGAACUGAAAAACCUUGAGUUCCUAGAUCUCAGUAGAAAUGGCAUGAGUUUCAAGAGUUGUUGUUCUCAGAGUGUUUUUGGAACAACCAGUCUGAAGUAUUUAGAUCUAAGCUUCAAUGAUGUUAUAACCAUGAGUGUAAACUUCAUAGGUUUAGAACUGCUAGAACAUCUGGAUUUUCAGCAUUCUACUUUGAAACAGGCAAGUCAAUUUUCAGCAUUCUUAUCACUCAGCAAACUCCUUUAUCUUGACAUGUCCUACACCCACACCCAGGUUGCCUUCCAUGGCAUCUUUAGUGGUUUGGUCAGUCUCCAGGUCUUAAAAAUGGCUGGCAAUUCUUUCAAGGACAACUCCCUUUCAGCUGUCUUCACAGACCUGACUAACUUGACCUUCUUGGACCUUUCAAAGUGUCAACUGGAACAUGUGUCCCCAGGAGUAUUUGACACACUCCUCAGGCUUCAGUUCCUGAAUAUGAGUCACAACAACUUUGUUUUAUUGGAUGUACUUUCUUUUAACCCUCUGCAAGCACUCCAGAUUCUAGAUUGCAGUUUCAAUAAAAUAGAGUCUUCUGAAGGGCAAGAACUGCAGUAUUUCCCAAGCCAUCUAACUACCUUGAAUCUUACUCAGAACCCUUUUGAUUGUUCUUGUAAAUACCAGAGUUUCCUGCAGUGGAUUAAGGACCAGAGGCAGCUCUUGGUGGAAGCCAAACAAUUGGAAUGUGCUAUGCCUCCUGACAUGCGGGGUAUGCUGGUGCUGAGUUUCAGGAAUGCUACCUGUCAGAUAAACAAAAUCGUCAUCAUUGUGACAGUGGUCAGUGUUCUUGUGGUAUCUGUUAUAGCAUUUCUGGUGUACAAGUUCUAUUUUCACCUCAUGCUUCUUGCUGGCUGCAAAAAGUAUGGCCGAGGUGAAAACACCUAUGAUGCCUUUGUCAUCUACUCAAGCCAAGAUGAGGACUGGGUGAGGAAUGAGUUGGUAAAGAACUUGGAAGAAGGGGUGCCCCCCUUUCGGCUCUGUCUUCACUACAGAGACUUUAUUCCUGGUGUGGCCAUUGCUGCCAACAUCAUCCAGGAGGGUUUCCACAAAAGCCGGAAGGUUAUUGUGGUGGUGUCUCGGCACUUUAUCCAGAGCCGAUGGUGUGUCUUUGAAUAUGAGAUUGCUCAGACCUGGCAGUUUCUCAGCAGCCAUGCUGGCAUCAUCUUCAUUGUCCUGCAGAAGUUGGAGAAGUCCCUGCUCCGGCAGCAGGUCGAGCUGUACCGCCUCCUCAGCAGGAACACUUACUUGGAGUGGGAAGACAACAUCCUGGGGCAGCACAUCUUCUGGAGACGACUCAGAAAAGCCCUGAUGGAUGGAAAACCACGGAGUCCAGAAGAACAGCAGAUGCAGAAAACAACCAGCAAGAAACAACAGCUUUGACUUGAGGGGGAAAAGUCUCCAGAGACAUUUCUUGCCCAGCUAGAGCCAAUAUUAGUUCCAUUAACAGAACUACAGCAUGGCAGAGAUGAUCUCUGGGCCAGUGAUUCAGGGGUACACAAGAUACACAUGACUGCUAGUCUUAUGAAGCUGGCAGUGUGGGGUGAAAUAAAUACUGUACUGAAAUUCCA